GCUCGGCGCAUCCUCGACCAGCACGAUAUCAUUGCCAUCGAGAGUCAGACUCAGGCCGACGUUGCCAAGGCCGAGGCGGCACAGGGCCUGGAGUCUUCCGUUCCCUGGCCUUUGCUACUCCUUCCAGCACCGCCACGUCGCUCUGAGCUGCCGCGAGGCCAGACGCAUUUGAGCUCUUUCUUGUGA